AUGUUCAGAAACAAUUACGACAACGACUCGGUGACAUUCUCGCCGCAAGGCCGUAUAUUCCAGAUCGAGUAUGCAGCCGAAGCAGUGAAGCAGGGUUCCGUGGUAGUAGGCAUUGCCAGCAAAACACAUGCCGUCCUGGUAGCAAUCAAGCGCAACGCCGAGGAGCUUUCAUCCUACCAAAAGAAGAUCUUCCCUGUCGACGAGCACGCCGGCAUUGCCAUCGCAGGCCUGACCUCAGACGCCCGCGUCCUUUCCAACUUCAUGAAGCAGCAAUGCCUCGGUCACCGCAUGACGUACGGCCGUUCGAUGCCUCUGCGCACCCUUGUCGAUAUGAUUGGUGAGAAGGCCCAGAUCAACACGCAGGUCUACGGCAAGCGCCCCUACGGUGUCGGUCUCCUCGUCGCCGGUGUCGACGAGCGUGGGCCACACCUCUUCGAGUUCCAGCCGUCCGGCAUGACGGAGGAGAUGCUGGCCUUCGCCAUCGGCGCCCGCUCCCAGAUGGCCCGUACCUACCUCGAGCGCAACAUUGACCAGUUCGAGAACUGCUCCCGCGAGGAGCUUGUGCGCCACGGCCUCAAGGCUCUGAAGGAGUCUCUCGUCCAGGACCGCGAGCUGACGGUCGAGAACACGAGCGUUGGCGUCAUCGGUUUCACGGAGAAGGACGGCCUGAAGGUUAUCGAGCCGUUCAAGAUGUUUGACGGCCAGGACGUCAAGGAGUGGAUCGACAGCGUCGCGGCGAGCGAGGGCCAGGGCGGCGGCGAGGAGGGUGCUGAGGGCAUGGAAGUUGACGAAUAG